CCGAUGACUCUGUCUCGGUCCACGACUCUCCUCGUUCUCCUUCCCCUUGUCAUGGCUGCCCUGUUUCCCAAUUCCCUCCAAUUGAUUACUCAUUGCAUUAAAUAAUUCGAAUAAAAUACAGAAGAAAUGCGUUUCAGUAUCGCUCGAUUUGGAUUCGAAACUUAGGCAGGCUCUGUGAUCUUCGCUUCAGACGCGAUGCUAGCGGCGGAAGUUUCAGGGAUUUAAGAUUCCGCCACCGAGUACGGAAGGAGAAGAAGAAGAAAAGCGAAAAUAAAAAUGGUGGGCGGCGGCGGCGGCGGCGGCGGGAGUGGCGGAGGAGGAGGAGGAGGGUUUUUGGGAUGGAGGAAUGUGUACCAGGAGUUGGCGAACUCGAAGCCGUUGUUCCUUUCGAUCUACGCCACGGUCCUGCUUGGAGUUGUGUUCUCUUCCUUCUACGUCUUCUCCGCCAUUCACUCAGCCCCGGGCUCUGCCUCCUCCUCUGUUUCUGCUCCAUGGCUCUCUUCUCCAAGUUCGCCUUCUCCCCGAAAUAUAUUUGCACCUUACAUUGACCAGUCGCGCAACAUUUCUCAAACGAAAGCUCUGGCUACUGCUUCUUCACCACUAUCACAGCCUCAGACAUCAGGUUCUGGCACGAAACCGAUAUGGGAAGUUCCACCAGAGAACUCCGAGAUGCCACCUCUGGAGACCUUUAAACUGACUAAAGAACUUGUGCAGCAAAGAGUGAAAGACAAUGUGGUAGUAGUGACCUUUGGUAACUAUGCAUUUAUGGAUUUCAUCCUUACUUGGGUUAAACAUUUGACGGACUUGGGGGUCUCCAAUCUUCUUGUCGGUGCUAUGGACACCAAGCUGGUGGAAGCCUUGUACUGGCAAGGGGUUCCCGUUUUCGAUAUGGGCAGCCACAUGAGCACAGUAGAUGUUGGCUGGGGGUCACCAACUUUUCAUAAGAUGGGGAGAGAAAAAGUUAUUCUGAUAGAUUCAAUCCUUCCUUUUGGCUUUGAACUAUUGAUGUGUGACACAGACAUGGUUUGGUUGAAGAACCCACUUCCAUAUCUAGCUCGUUACCCAGAGGCAGAUGUCCUAACAUCAAGUGAUCAAGUUGUCCCAACAGUCACUGAUGACAGGCUGGAAGUCUGGCAACAAGUUGGUGCUGCUUUCAAUAUAGGAAUUUUCCACUGGAGGCCAACAGAGUCUGCAAUGAAAUUAGCGAAAGAAUGGAAAGAGUUGCUUCUUGCUGAUGACAAGAUAUGGGAUCAGAAUGGGUUCAAUGAUAUUGUACGAAGGCAGUUCGGACCAUCAGUUAAUGAGGAUGAUGGACUUGCAUAUGCUUUUGAUGGAAGUCUGAAGCUGGGGAUAUUGCCAGCCAGUAUAUUUUGCAGUGGACAUACUUACUUUGUUCAGGCCAUGCAUCAGCAGCUCAGGUUGGAGCCAUAUGCAGUGCAUACCACAUUUCAAUAUGCUGGUACAGAGGGAAAGCGUCACAGGUUACGAGAAGCCAGGGCUUUCUAUGAUCCUCCAGAUUAUUACGAUGCUCCAGGAGGUUUCUUGUCAUUCAAGCCAUCUAUCCCAAAGAACCUGCUACUGGAUGGAGAGCAUAAUCUCGAAUCUCACUUCGCUCUCGUUAAUUACCAAAUAAAACAAAUAAGGACUGCGCUUGCAAUUGCCUCCUUGUUAAAUCGUACCCUGGUCAUGCCCCCAUUAUGGUGCAGGUUGGAUAGGCUAUGGUUUCCUCAUCCUGGAAUUUUGCAAGGGACCCUGACUAAACAACCUUUUAUCUGCCCUUUGGAUCAUGUGUUUGAGGUCAAUGUCAUGUUGAAAGAGCUGCCAGAAGAGGAGUUUGGCCCUGGCAUCAAAAUCAGGGAGUACUCUUUCCUCGACAAUCCUUCACUGCCAGACAAUGUGAAGCAGUCAUGGCUUGAUGUUCAAAUUUGUCAAGAAGGCAAUCCAGGUUGCAACGGUUCCAACACUGCACCAGGAACACUCAGAUUCCCAAGACGAAGCAAUGAAGAAAUGUUUAGGGCCACGUUCGAUUCUUUCAAAGAUGUCAAAGUCAUUCAGUUCUCUUCGAUGCAAGAUACAUUCCUCGGUUUUACUGACAAGGGAAGGGACGAGAAAUUUAGGAAUCGGGUGAAACGCUAUGUAGGCAUAUGGUGCUGUGUGGACAGUCACACUCCAGGACAUAUAUAUUACGACAUGUAUUGGGACGAGAAACCCGAUUGGAAGCCGAUCCCACCAUUGACGCCCGAAGAUGAUCACCCGAAUUGGUAAAGAACUAGGCUAACAUCAGCUGCACUAUACUUUCUUUUUGCGGAUAUCCCACUGUAAGGAGCCCCUAGCGAUGGGGGAACGAGAUCAUGUUGAAGCAGAAGGCAAGAAGCUCAACUAGCUGGUUCAGAAAGACAGACGCGGAAACAGACUUGAUUAGGAUAGGAUUACUUGGAAAUUUGGUCAUUGCUCUUAUGUUAACACAUAAUAUUUAAAUUGAAGAGAUCAUGUAACUGUGAUUAAUAGACCAGAAGGGCAUAUCGAAUUAAGCAAAACUUUGGUUCAGUACAGUACAGAUAAAAAGCUGGAUGAUGUAUCCUCAUCUUUGUACGUUAACCGGAAAACGGUUCUUGAAUCUUUCUUGUAUAACACAUGGAAAAUGAAGUGGUUCUCUUUGUACUAAUUGCCAGAAGAAAUUAAUGAAAAUUGAUCGUC